CUAACACCAUCACUUGUAGCUUCACAAACAAAGCAUUGCAAACUCAAUUCGGAGCUCUCCAGUUUCCAGCCAAGAAAGAAAGAACCAACCAUGAUCAACGCCAAGAGGAUUGCUCAGCUGGCCAAGAAGUGGCAGAGGAUGGCAACAUUGGGGAGAAAGCGGCUCUCCUGGGGGGUGGCAAAGGAAGCUGAUGAGUGCUGCACCUCCGUGGCCAGCAAGGGCCACUGCGUGGUGUACACUGCCGACAAGAGGAGGUUCGAAGUUCCACUGGCAUACCUCGGCACACCGGUAUUCGCAGAGCUCCUGCGGAUAUCCCAGGAGGAGUUUGGCUUCGUGAGCAAUGGGCGGAUCACACUUCCUUGUGAUGCUGCAGUAAUGGAGUACACCAUGUGCCUGCUCAGGAGAGGUUCCUCUGUAGAGUUAGAGAAAGCAUUCCUGAGCACCAUGGCAGCAUCAUACCACUAUGCUAGCUGUGUGGCACCAUCUGUAGAAGUUAGCCAUCAGGUCGCUAUUUGCAGCUCCUAGAUGGGUGUAAAGUAGUUCGGUAUAGGCAGUGGGAAUUAGGGGGAAAACUCUUAUGCAUAGACCAUUGAUCCUGCAAGCAAUCAUGGAAGAUGGCAAUGUAGCAAGUUAGUGCCAUAAUUCAUGUUGAUUGUAUGCAUGUUAUGAUAAUGGGAUAAAUUACUAAUCACAGUUUGAGACUUACAUUGAGGCAA